CUAUUUAGGUGUAGCCUACAUAUGUCAGGAAGUUAUCCCUAACUUACUUAUGAAAUAAUAUUGAUGCCACCAACUGCAAUGAAACUGAAAUAUUUUUAAAGAAAGAAUGGCAGUGGACCAAACCGUUGUGUGGCAGUAAUGUCUCAGUUCUUCUGGGUCCCGGAAGUCCCCCAGGCUGCCCCUGUUGCUGUCUUCAAGCUGACGCAGGAUUUCAAUAACGACCAGUUUCCAAAUAAGGUGAACCUCGGAGUAGGAGCCUAUCGGACAGAUGAAGGCCAGCCCUGGGUUUUGCCGGUGGUGAAAAAAGUGGAGAAGAUCAUUGUGCAUGAUGACAGGCUAAACCACGAGUACCUGCCCAUCCUGGGCCUGCCUGAGUUCAGAUCCUCAGCCUCCAAAAUAGUACUGGGAGACAACAGCCCUGCCAUCCUGGAAAACAGGGUCGGGGCUGUCCAGUGUCUGGGUGGUACGGGCGCUUUGAAGAUAGGCGCAGAGUUUCUAAGGCGGUUCUACAAUGGGAGCAACAACACCAAAACCCCCAUCUAUGUGUCUGCACCUACCUGGGAAAAUCACAAUGCUGUGUUCAGCAGCGCUGGCUUCGAGGAUGUGCGUCCGUACAGGUACUGGGACGCGGAGAAAAGAGGCCUUGAUUUGGCUGGCUUCCUUGGUGACUUGGAAAGUUGUCCAGAGCACUCAGUCUUUGUCCUGCAUGCUUGUGCCCAUAAUCCGACAGGCACAGACCCCACGCAGGAGCAGUGGAAGCAAAUCGCUGAAGUUAUGAUGAGGAGGAAGCUGUUUGCGUUCUUUGACUCGGCUUAUCAGGGAUUCGCCUCAGGUAGUCUGGAGAAAGAUGCCUGGGCGGUGCGCUACUUUGUUUCCUCGGGCUUUGAAAUGUUCUGUGCCCAGUCGUUCUCCAAGAACUUCGGACUCUAUAACGAGCGUGUGGGCAACCUGACCGUUGUGGCUCGCGAUGCAGAUAACCUGAAGCGAGUUCUCUCCCAGAUGGAGAAGGUUGUCAGGAUCACCUGGUCCAACCCACCGUCUCAGGGAGCUCGCAUUGUCACCAUCACUCUUACCUCACCUGAGCUUUUUAGUGAAUGGCAAGAGAAUGUGAAGACCAUGGCUAACAGGGUCUUGCUGAUGAGGUCUCAGCUGAAAGCUAAGCUCCAAGCUUUGGGGACACCAGGGACCUGGGACCACAUCACAGACCAGAUUGGCAUGUUUAGCUUCACAGGCCUCAACCCCAAACAAGUGGAAUAUUUGGUGAAGGAGAAACAUAUCUACUUAAUGGCGAGCGGUCGCAUCAACAUGUGCGGUUUAACCACCAAGAACAUCGACUACGUGGCCGAGUCCAUCCACGAGGCCGUCACCAAGGUCCAGUAGAAGAACGGCACCAUACCUCCAAUUCUCACCACUUCCUGCUGCCCAUUCCUGAUCCAUCCUGAUCACAGGGAAUGUGUUUGCAUCCAGGUUUCCAGAUUUUUCUGGAGCAAAUACAAAUUCUCAUUUGCACAGAGGGAUCACAGGCCCCUGGUUUCUCAUUCUUUUUCAGUAUUUGUGCUAUGCUAGGCUAAACACAUGCUGGACCAAGUUCUCUAUAGACUGCACAAAGAUGGUUUGGAUCUUUUUUAAGAGCCACAAUUUUCCAAACUAUGCAGUAGUUAUGUAAUUGUGUUCAUAAUUUUUCACCCUUAUCUUAGUCCCCAAUGUAUUGUUUGUAGUUCAAAAUAUGUGUUUGGUAUUUCAAGUUUUAUGCAUCAUUAGAAGCAAGUCUGUGGCUGUAUUACGGUUACCUCAGCAGCGCUGACUCUACAGUCUAAAAAUGUUAUACUGUUCAUGACUCAUCCAUUCAAAGUGUGAAAUAUAAGUAUUUGUGUGGACAGCAGUAAGAGUUGUUAAGGGCAAUGAGAAAAAGAGAAUAUUAACAUGACUAAACUGUAUAUUUGUGUUUACCACCCCGACGGUGAAUGAAGAAUAAAGAAGCAGUGUUUGUCAUUUCUA